CUGAAGUGAAAUAUUUAAAUGGCCCCUUGACAGACUAAUAGCAUGUAGCUUGACGCUUUGUUCACCUGCCGUCCAUCGACUGUCUAUCUGCCUGUGCAGAGCCGUGCAGGGCUCCCGAGCUUGACGUUCUACCUGCUUUCUCCAUUUACAGCCUGAUAUGGCGGACGUGGAAGAGAUGGAAGUGGAGCAGACAGCACCUGCAAAUGCCGAGGACAAGGGGAAAGGAAAAGCUGGGCCAGUCAAGCGCUUCGAAAUCAAGAAGUGGAAUGCUGUAGCUAUGUGGUCCUGGGCCAUCUGCACUGACACCUGUGCCAUCUGCCGCAACAACCUGUACGAGCCAAGCAUAGAGUACCAGGCCAAUCCCACAGGCGACCCGGAUCACCCGGGACUGAGCAUUGCAUGGGGUGCGUGCGGCCACGUCUUCCACCUGGACUGCAUCCAGCGCUGGCUCAAGACGCGCUCUGCAUGCCCACUGUGCAACAAGGAGUGGGAUUUCUUGAAAAUCGAGAAAAUUCUUCCUGGCGGAUCAAUGGCCGUGGACUGAUAAUUCUCCCUUUUGGCCUGUACAUUAGCUAGCUACUGCAGAGCCAACAGCGGGGGUGUAUUGAAUCACCCCAGCAGGGUCUCAGUGUGCACACAGAGAAGGACCUCAAAUGAUGCCUUGCUCCACAUAGCAUGUGGCUCAGGCAGUCUUGUAUGGAAAGCUGGAAUGCUUGUCAGCCCUUUCUUCUAGCAAGGAGACAGAGUUUUGGUCGUCCUUGCGGCUAGAUGUGACCCUUAAGGGUGUCAUGAAGCUCUUGACAUGUUGGUAUUACAACAAUUGUGGGCAGACGAGAGGCAGAUGCAUGGUGUAAUUACAAUUUACUCUUU